AUGGGAAAUCAACCCUCUAAAGGUUCGGGGUCUGCAACCCCGCGGAGAAGUGCAUCUCAAACGUCUCUUGAUAGAGGAUCGGAUAAUUUAUCAUCUUAUCCUUCAUUCAGCAAAGCAGAUACCAAGGAAUCCAACAAAUCGUUCAGAGGCGCCCUUCGAUCAAAAAUACCAGGCUCCAAGGACAGCCCCAGAAACUCGAUUGCUGGAAUAGGUAGCCUUAUAGACUCAAACGACAAGUCCGAUGCUGCUUCAAUGAAAUCCGGGAAAAGCGCUAUAUCAGGCAGGGCAUCAUCUGUGCCAGGCUCACCAACAUCACCUCAAGAUUCUUCGGAAGAUAUCCCCUCACCAACCGAUGAUCUCAAACCUCCUCCAUCGCCCGUUCAAUCCGCUUCGGUGAAGUCUGGACAUCAUGAUGUCAGUGCUGCACAACGUAGUGGUGAGGUAGAUCAUGUCUCCGACCAACCCCCUUCCGGCACAGUCAAUCCUUACGCAGUUGGCGGUCGCGCUGGGCAAUCUAUACUGGUCAGGAGAGCAAAUGAGAUUAAUCCUGUUGACACAGCUACCUUGCUAGCUGCUCCAAUGAAUGGAUCGAAUGAAACCGCACUCUCAACCUCAAACUCCGCACAAAUUUCUAUGGGUAGCUUGAAAGAUAAAGAUCUUGACGACUACAUUUCGCGACUCUUGGAUGCAGGAUACCAGGGCAAAAGCACAAAGGGAGUCUGUCUUAAAAGUGCGGAAAUUAACUCAAUUUGUCUUCGAGCGAGAGAGAUUCUAUUAGAGCAACCGCCGCUGAUUGAAUUGGAAGCCCCAGUUAAGGUUGUAGGUGAUAUACAUGGGCAAUACUCGGACCUCAUACGCAUGUUCGAAAUGUGUGGAUUCCCUCCCUCGUCAAACUUCUUAUUCUUGGGUGACUAUGUCGAUCGAGGAAAGCAGUCCCUUGAGACAAUUCUAUUGCUCUUGUGCUACAAAAUCAAAUAUCCCGAGAACUUCUUUUUGCUAAGAGGCAAUCACGAAUGCGCAAACGUUACUAGAGUCUAUGGAUUCUAUGAUGAGUGUAAACGAAGAGCUAAUGUCAAAGUGUGGAAGACGUUUGUAGAUGUCUUUAAUUGUCUACCUAUCGCCGCAAUUGUCGCAGGUAAAAUCUUUUGUGUUCAUGGCGGCUUAUCUCCCGCUCUUAGCCAUAUGGAUGAUAUCAGAAAUAUCGCUCGACCAACAGACGUCCCUGACUAUGGAUUACUUAAUGAUCUUUUGUGGUCUGAUCCUGCAGACCAGGAAGCAGAUUGGGAGCAGAGCGAGAGAGGCGUUAGUUACUCGUUUGGUAAGAAGGUCAUCCAGGAGUUUCUGUUGAGACAUGAUUUCGAUUUGGUCUGUCGGGCACAUAUGGUUGUUGAAGAUGGUUACGAGUUUUUCGAAGGUCGAGUCCUUGUUACGGUGUUCUCUGCGCCCAAUUAUUGUGGCGAAUUUGACAAUUAUGGCGCCGUUAUGAGUGUUUCGACAGAAUUACUUUGUAGCUUUGAACUAUUGAAGCCAUUGGACUCGAGCGCGUUGAAGAGCCAGAUGAAAAAGAGCCGCAACAAACGAAACAGUAUGGUCAACAGUCCUCCGCCGACCGGAACCUUUGCUCCGCAGAGCGUAUAA